AUGACACCAAUCACAACCAUCAAGAAUUCCAUUGCCAAUAAUGGUGCCGACCUCAUUGAAACCAAGAGCUCCAGCGUUGCUCAAAUUCAAAUCAAUCGCAUCGUUGGACUAUCCGUGGUUUUGGCCCUGUUCUUUUCCGUGCCACUCGCGCUAUUGGUUUUUAUGGGACUGGUAUGGUUCAUCGACCGUCAAGAGAAAAAUUCAAAAAAUAAUUGA